CAUUUCUGCGAUUUCUUUAUUUAUAUCUCCUUCCCCUCUCCCAUUGCUUCCUCUCUCUCUCUCUCUCUCUCUCUCUCUCUCUCUCUGUGCUCUUUCCAUGGCGUACGGAAAUACAUCCUUCUGAAAAGUUCCAAUCCCAGCUUUCAUUUUUGCGUCUCAGAGGAUAACUUUGACGGUGUAUCUCAUAGAGAAGUAGAAGAAACUUCGACUUCACCUUUUUUGGUUCAGUCGUUGCCAAUGGCGGCGAUGCUGGGACGAGACGAAGAUCUGGUCCGCACGAUGAGCGGACGAGGGAGCUGGGCCUCCACCAGUCACCGUAGCACAACAGCGGCGACGACGGCGGCGGCGUCGACGAGCUACAGGGAUUUAUUCGUGCCGGCGGCGACGCAGGGCGACGAGGUAUUCGGAAACAGCGUGAGGCGUGAGGAUGAGGAGGAAGAGCUCCGGUGGGCGGCGAUAGAGCGGUUACCGACGUACGAUCGGCUCCGGAAGGGGAUGAUGCCAUGCAUUACGGACACCGGACGGACGAAGCUCGAGGAGGUAGACGUCACCAGGUUGGGGCCACAGGAGAAGAAGCAGUUAAUGGAGAUGAUUUUGAAAUUGGUCGAGGAAGACAACGAGAAGUUCCUUCAGAGAUUGAGAGACAGGAUCGACAGGGUUGGGAUCGAAAUGCCAAAAAUCGAGGUCCGAUACGAGCAUUUAACAGUGCAGGGAGACGUGCGUGUUGGAAGCAGAGCACUUCCCACUCUCUUCAACGUCGCCUUGAAUGCAAUAGAGAGUAUUCUUGGCUUUCUCCACCUUGUCCCAUCCAAAAAGAAGAAGAUUGAGAUUCUUAAAGAUAUCAGCGGCAUUGUCAAACCAUCAAGGAUGACCCUUUUGCUCGGUCCACCCGCUUCAGGGAAAACAUCACUGUUGAUAGCUUUGGCUGGGAAGCUUGAUGAUAGCCUAAAGAUGUCUGGGAGGAUAACAUACUGUGGUCACGAGUUUCACGAGUUUGUUCCACGAAGGACCUGUGCGUACAUUAGUCAACACGAUCUUCAUUUUGGUGAGAUGACGGUGAGAGAGACGCUGGAUUUCUCUGGCCGCUGUUUAGGUGUGGGGACUAGAUAUGAUCUACUGGCUGAACUCUCAAGACGGGAGAAGGAAGCAGGAAUCAAGCCAGACCCUGAAAUUGAUGCAUUCAUGAAAUCCACUGCAAUAGCAGGUCAAGAGACUAGUUUGGUUACCGACUAUAUUCUCAAGAUACUCGGGCUGGACAUUUGUGCCGACAUACUAGUCGGAGAUGAGAUGAGACGAGGUAUUUCCGGUGGGCAGCGGAAGCGUCUAACAACAGGAGAGAUGCUGGUAGGGCCUGCUACAGCUCUUUUCAUGGAUGAAAUAUCAACCGGGCUGGAUAGUUCGACAACUUUCCAAAUUUGCAAGUUCAUGAGGCAACUGGUUCAUAUCUCGGAUGUGACAAUGAUUAUUUCUCUUCUACAACCCGCACCAGAAACAUUUGAACUGUUUGAUGACAUUAUCCUGCUUGCAGAGGGCCAAAUCGUCUACCAAGGUCCGAGGGAGAAUGUUCUUGAAUUUUUUGAGUACAACGGUUUCAAAUGCCCUGAAAGGAAGGGAGUUGCAGACUUUCUUCAAGAAGUUACUUCUAAGAAGGACCAAGAGCAGUAUUGGUACAGGAAAGAUCAACCUUAUAGAUAUGUCUCGGUAGCGGAAUUUGUGAGGGGAUUUAAUUCUUUCCACAUUGGGCAACAAAUUGCCUCAGAACUUAGGAUUCCUUAUGACAAAUCCAAAACCCACCCUGCAGCAUUGGUGACAGAAAAGUAUGGGAUUUCACACUGGGAUCUUUUCAAGGCAUGCUUUGCUAGGGAAUGGCUGCUCAUGAAACGCAACUCCUUCGUUUAUGUGUUCAAGACCAUUCAAAUAACCAUCAUGUCCUUGAUAACCAUGACAGUGUUUUUAAGGACAGAAAUGCCCGUCGGCAGAGUGGAAGAUGGAUCAAAAUUCUACGGGGCAUUGUUUUUCAGCUUGAUAAAUGUGAUGUUUAAUGGAAUGGCAGAGCUAGCUUUCACAGUGAUGAGGCUUCCAGUUUUCUACAAGCAGAGAGACUUCUUGUUCUAUCCCCCAUGGGCUUUUGCUUUACCAAUGUGGGUUCUCAGGAUUCCUUUAUCACUUCUCGAAUCAGGAAUAUGGAUCAUUCUUACAUACUACACUGUCGGGUUCGCUCCUUCUGCUGGCAGGUUUUUCCGCCAGUUGGUGGCAUACUUCUCCGUGAAUCAGAUGGCCCUCUCCUUAUUUAGAUUCCUUGCAGCUGUCGGAAGAACACACGUCAUUUCAAACACGUUGGGAACCUUCACAUUGCUUAUUGUCUUUGUCCUUGGAGGCUUCAUCGUCGCCAAAAAUGACAUCGAACCAUGGAUGAUAUGGGGCUAUUAUGCAUCGCCUAUGAUGUAUGGACAGACUGCUAUUGUUAUGAAUGAAUUUCUGGAUGAGAGAUGGAGUAGGCCCAACAAUGAUACCCGCAUCGAUGCAAGAACAGUUGGGGAAGUCCUCCUGAAGAGCAGAGGCUUCUUUACACAAGGAUAUUGGUUUUGGAUCUGUAUAGGGGCGCUGCUUGGAUAUUCAAUUCUGUUCAAUGUUUUUUACAUUUUAGCUUUAUCUUACUUGAACCCUCUUCAUGAUUCCAAAGCUAUGGUUGUGGAGGAAGACCAUGGCCAAAAGAGACAGAAUAACCGUGGAACAGAACGUACUGUAGUAGAACUAAAAAAUUCUUCAAGUCAUGGACCAAGGAGAGGAAUGGUUUUACCCUUCCAACCUCUUUCUCUCGCUUUUAACCAUGUUAAUUACUACGUGGAUAUGCCUGCUGAAAUGAAGAGUCAAGGAGUUGAAGGGGAUCGUCUUCAACUACUAAAAGAUGUAAGCGGAGCUUUCAGGCCAGGCAUUCUGACAGCAUUAGUCGGUGUUAGUGGUGCUGGCAAGACAACCUUAAUGGAUGUCUUGGCCGGCAGAAAAACAGGCGGCUAUAUAGAAGGGAGUAUUAAUAUAUCCGGGUACCCGAAGAACCAAGCUACUUUUGCCCGAGUUAGUGGCUACUGUGAACAAAAUGAUAUCCACUCUCCACAUGUUACUGUUUACGAAUCCCUUCUCUAUUCAGCCUGGCUUCGUCUCUCCUCAGAUAUAGACAUGAAAACACGAGAGAUGUUUGUGGAAGAAGUAAUGGAAUUGGUUGAAUUGAAACCUAUAAGAAACUCUCUAGUUGGUCUUCCCGGGGUCGAUGGUCUUUCAACAGAACAAAGGAAACGACUCACCAUAGCGGUUGAACUUGUAGCCAACCCUUCUAUAAUCUUCAUGGAUGAGCCAACAUCCGGUCUUGAUGCUAGGGCUGCCGCCAUUGUUAUGCGUACCGUUAGAAAUACAGUUGAUACAGGAAGAACAGUGGUUUGUACCAUUCAUCAACCCAGUAUAGAUAUUUUCGAAGCCUUCGAUGAGCUGCUAUUGAUGAAACGAGGGGGACAAGUUAUCUACGCAGGAAGUUUAGGGCAUCACUCUCACAGGCUCAUAGAAUACUUCGAGUCAGUUCACGGGGUCCCAAAGAUCAUUGACAGUUAUAAUCCCGCGACGUGGAUGCUUGAAGUCAGUACACCUUCAAUGGAGACCCAACUUGGCGUAGACUUCGCUGAAAUAUAUGCCAACUCCACACUGUAUCAGAGAAACCAGGAGCUCAUCAGGGAGCUGAGUACUCCACCACCGAGUUCAAACAAUCUCUACUUCCCGACCAAAUACUCGCAAUCAUUUUCUACGCAAUGCAGGGCAUGCUUCUGGAAGCAGUAUAAGUCAUAUUGGAGGCAUCCUCAAUACAAUGCCAUCCGAUUUCUCAUGACUGUAGUCAUCGGCAUCAUGUUCGGUCUAAUUUUCUGGCAGAAAGGAACUAAAAUUGAGAAACAACAAGACCUGAAUAAUUUCUUCGGAGCCAUGUAUGCUGCCCUUUUGUUCCUUGGCGCCACCAAUGCUUCUGCUGUUCAACCCGUCGUUGCCAUUGAGCGGACAGUUUUCUACCUCUUCUACCGCGAAAGAGCAGCAGGAAUGUACUCUGCUAUUCCCUAUGCAUUUGCUCAGGUGGCGGUGGAAAUGAUAUACAACUUUGCCCAAACAGUCGUUUAUUCGCUUAUCCUUUACACGAUGAUCGGAUAUGACUGGACGGUGGGAAAGUUCUUCUGGUUCUUCUAUUACAUAUUGGCAUGCUUCAUCUACUUCACGCUCUACGGGAUGAUGCUUGUCGCCAUGACGCCAAACUAUCACAUAGCCGGAAUCUCUAUGUCGUUUUUCCUCAGUCUCUGGAAUCUCUUCUCCGGUUUCCUCAUCCCCAGACCGCAACUACCCAUAUGGUGGAGAUGGUACUACUGGGCAUCUCCUGUGGCGUGGACAUUGUACGGAAUCCUUACGUCUCAAGUAGGGGACAAGGAAUCAUUAGUACAAAUCCCUGGAAUUGGUGAUGUUAGUCUCAAGGUUUUGCUCAAAGACGGGUUCGGAUUCGACCACGACUUCUUACCAGUUGUAGCCGUCGUCCAUGUUGUCUGGAUCGCAGUUUUCCUCCUCGUCUUUGCCUACAGUAUCAAGUUCCUCAACUUCCAAAAACGGUAAAAUAUGAACAGAGCAUCAGAAAUUAUGGAGACGCGAUACCAUGGGCGAUAUUGGACAACGUUGAUGUAUACGCAUUUCUACAUAACGUCUAGGUUCUUGUCUUGACAUAUUUCAGAGGAGGAAAGACAGAAAGUGCUGUUGUUUGUCAUGCUUUUAGCUGUGUAAAUUAGCUGAAAAAACGUUGUAGGAAUUUUUUUUUUAAAAAAAAUGUUUAUUCUCAAUAAGAGAGAGAGAGCAAAUACACUGAUUGUUUUCGUUAGUUUAUGUGAUUUAUGUGAAAAAGCUCCUUGUCUGUA